AGACUUUGUAGGCAUCUGCAAAAAGAGAGCGUACGUGAGGGGCAGCCUCGUGGAGCGCACUACCGACCCAUCAAGUCUGGGCAAGUCAUAGUGGGCUCCAGUCCCAAGUCUUCCAAAAUGGACCAUGUUUUUUUUGAAGAAACGUGCGUUUUGCACAGGACGGUGUUUUACCCACCCCCCUCCCCCCAAAACAGAUCCUACAGCACAGAAUACCCAUUCAAAAUUUUUCCAUAUCCCCUCUCCCGCCUACGUUCUCCCUCCUCCACUGAGGAGAAAGCCGAGCAAAGUUCAACUCCACAUCGAAGACAGAGAAGAACUCGACCAGGUCCGCAAAUGCAUUGCUGCCUCCACCUCUGCCACCGCUCUCAAGGACCAUGGGAUUGACUAUUCGUACUCAGAGAAGUCCAAGUUCGCGAUUUUUCGGUCCUGGAAGUUGCCAUACCUUGCAGAAUUGCUUAGCUAUAGUUUCAGAACUCACAAUGCAAUUCGUUCUCGUUGGCCUGCGUCAGAGCUCAUCAAGAAGUUGGGUAGAUCUGCUUCAACUGGUAGAGGAGAAAAUUCUGACAAGAGAAAAUGCACUUCAGAAGAGGAAGGAUGAUUUAUUAUUGCUCGAAUGAGUUUUGGAGAAAAAAAGAUAAACUAAUACAGAGAGAAUGAUCUGCACAAACAAGAGGAUGAAGUUCGAAGGCAAAACAUAAAAAAUAGAUGUGCACAUAUAUUAAUGUGUCUAAACUAGGUGUUAUCUAUUGUAAUUAUUUUUAGUUAGCUCGGAUGAUAGAUGUAUCAUGUUACUAUUAACUGUCACUGGAUCAUUUGACCGUAAUUGUAAUUGUAGAAUGCACUAUGAAUAUUUUGUAAAUUUGUGCUUGUUAAGAUUUGAGUUGGAUAUGGAUGUUAAAUGGUA